AUGGACACCAUCAAUAAGAUGGAACAAAUGGCUUGGGAAGAGCGUCGACGGAACCCGGUUCCUGUGUCGAAAUGCGAUGGUUGUCUUUUGCGAUUCCGCGGUACUCCUCCAGAUGAGGAUGACGAGGACGAUGUGGAGGAUGUAGGAGAUGCCUUCAAGCGGUGCACGACUUGUGAUUACACCAUUUGCGAAAAUUGUACGCAACCAGAUAUGCAAGGUGUGCCAUACUUUGAUCGCCCACCGGGUACUUGCCGCUGCUUUAAGUCGAACUUUGGUGAAAGCUACUGCUUGUCGUCGCCCUGUUAUCUUCACGGUGAUGGUAGUAAGCCAUACCACGGUGAUCGACACCCUGAUGUGGCGAGUAGUGGGUAUGGUGAAGAUGCAUUUGAAGCAAAGGAGCGGGAAUGCAGGACGUGUGGUGUGAUUGCGCGAUGCUUGAAGAAAGAGCAUCUGAAGGAUGCGGUUCCUGGCAUAAAUUAG